GUUAUUUUACUCUAGAUCUCCGUAGCGUUUGCCUCCUACUUACUGUUAAAUCAAAGUGAGAAAGAAACAUAAAUACUCUUUCACAGAUGUCUUUGAUCCUUGGGAGUCAGCAGGUGAAUCAUGAACGUUUAUUCCGCCCUCACCACCGCCAUCGUUCUGUCCCGCCAGCAUCAGUAAUUUUGCUGGUCACGCGAAAGCUUGCCCCAGGUCUUCUGCCUCACCUGUUCUCCACACCCGAAAGAACUGGGCAGAUUAACUGGAUGGAGAAGAUGCAGUAAGGAGUAAGCCAUCACACCUCUGUCCACCACAAUCUACAAAUAAAUGACUAAUUUUUGUGACAGCUCUCAUUAUUAAGAAGCUUAAACACAUUAAAAGGAUGUCAACAGUUCAAAAACAAAUGGAUAACAUAAACAAUGUAAGUGAGGAAAGUGCCACCGUAAGAGAGGAUGAAAGUGAACAAAAGGGUAUUGCUGGUCUGAAUGAGCUGUUGGAAGAUGAUUCUGUAGAUCGUUAUAUUCCACUACACUGCUUCAUGGAUGAAGAUGUAAGGAGAUACACCACAAAGUUCAGGCUUAAUCAAGAAGAUGAGCCGUCAGUUGUACCUGAUGCUACCUUGAACAGUCCUAAAGAGGGAGCAACUACUGAUAGUAAUUCCUCAACAUUAGAGACAGAACUUGAUAUUCCAGAUAACAGAGAGAAAGAAGUACCUUUCAAGAUAACAAGUAAAGCAGAAAACCUUCAGAGUUGUGAAGAAAAUGUAUCAGCAACAGCUAUCAAAAGCACAGAUGUGGAAAUUGCUGAUCAAGGCAAAAAUAAUAUAAAAGAUGCAGAGGAAAAUGAAAUAGACAAAAAUCAUUUGGAACCUGUGCAAAGUAGUCUAGUUUCUGAAGAAGUUGUACCUGAUGCCACCUUGAGCAGUCUUGAAGAGGGAGCAAAUACUGAUAAGAAUUCCUCUACAUUAGAGACAAAGCUUGAUAUUCCAAAUAAUGGAGAGAAAGAAGUACCCGUCAAGAUAACAAGUGAUGCAGGAAAUCUCCAGAGUUGUGAAGACGUAAAUGUGUUGGGGACAGUUUUUGAAAGCACCGAUGUGGAAAUUGCUGAACAAGGCAAAAAUAAUAUAAAUGAUGACGAGGAAAAUGAAAUAGUAGACAAAAAUCAAUUGGAACCUGUUGCUGAUCAAGGCACAAAUAAAAUAAAAGAUGUAGAUGAAGAUGACAAAGUAAACAAAAAUCAAAAUGAUUCUGUGGAAAACAGAGAAGACAGUUUGGUUUCUGAAGAAGUAGAAAGUGAUCUGGAAGAUCAAAAUAAUGAAGAACAUAAUGUUAUAGAACAAAAUGAUGAGAGCAACGAGGAAGAAACAAACGAGGAGAGAGAGACUGCGGAAGAAGUUCAUGACUCUGUAGAGGUGGCCUUACCAUCAGAAGUGCAGAGUGAUGUCCCUAAAGAAAGUGAGGAAGCUGCUAACAGUCAGGAUGCACAAGAUGAAAAUGCCACGGGAGAGUCCAAAGGUACAUUUAACGAUGAACUCCCUCCAGAAGAUGAAAGAACAGAAUGCAAGGAAAAUGCCACUAGUACUAGCACUAUGGACACAAGUAAUUCAAUCUUUGACAAGCCUGUACUCUCACCAGUAUUCAAAAUUUCAAGUAGCAGUGAAGCAAAAAAUGUCAAGGAUAAACCAAUCAUCAUGACCGCCAGAAUUAUAAAAAGUAUUAGUGGAGUUCCAUCAAAGACUACUGAUUGUCUAGUCACUGACAAUACCAAAGGAGAACCCAUUGUCCUCAGCUUGAAAUCUUUUAGAAUUGAUAAGAUGAGUGCAGUCACAACAAAGCCUGCUGAUAACUGUGGAGUUGGUGACCUUACAAAUACAGAAGAUACUGUUAAUACCACAAAACCUGCAGAAUCAGAAGAGAAAGAACAUGAAUCCAAGGCAGAGGAAUCCCCCAAAGAAGUACAAAGUGAUAUUGCAGUAAAUUCAAAUAUUUUCACGCCAAAGGUCAGUUUAGCAAGAAAGGUAUAUGGGAAUACAAAGAAAACACCCUCAUCAAUGCAGGAGAAAAAAAUUCCUAGCAUUGAAGCUUCAAGUGCAGACACACAAACUCACCAUCAUAAUUCAGGUGAAGAUGUAAAUAUGGCUACUGGUGCUCAGGUUUCAGCAAAUACUACUACAGUAACAGUUGAUAAAGGAAAAACUUCAGCAAAAUCACUUUUAGGAGAGAAAAGUGAUGGCUGUUGUAUUGAGAAAAGAAAAAUAGAUUUUGCAACAGUUAAAAGAAAGAUUGAAGAAGUUCGCAGGAUAGGCAGACAGGAUGAAGAAACUACAAUAAAUGAAAUAAAAAGAAUUAAAAGAGAGACAAUAGAUGUUCUUGAAAAAAUUGAUGAAGAAAUGAAACAACUUAAGACCAUUUACUUGGGAGAACCUUAAAAUAUAUAUUUUUUUACACAAGGUAAAGUACAAGUAAUAAUUUUGUAGUAUGCAUAUUUUGUCAAAAUCUGAUAUUUAUCUAGGAAUAAAACACUUCUCAGUGUGCUAGAUGAAUAUCAGUGCCAGAAGUCAACAUUUUAUACUUUUUGAAUAAUUGUUAUAAAACAUGAGCUUAAUGAGUACUUUCAAGUAUGCAGUUUUAUUAUAAAAAUUACAUGACAAGACUUGCCUACAUGUGCAUUUGGUAAUUUCACUACAUUUUAAGUUCUAAGAAAUGUGAAUGUUUAUCAGUAAAGUUAGUGUAAGGGACAGAAAUGUGUUAGAGCAGUGUAUAAACUGGAUAUUUUAUAUUAAUAUAUCUUGAUAUGCUUCUUAUGAAAUCAAUAUAUGCACUGCAGGUAGACAAAUUGGCAUUUAACAUUCUUUUGACUAUUUUUUUUAAACAUAUGUAGGUAAUUUCCCUCACUUUAUUCUCAAAUUUUGUAAUUUAUGUGCAAGUUGAUUUGUGUAUAUUUUUUAGUGGUGUACUAUUCUAAGAUCGAUAAAUUAAAUGCAUCACAGUAA